CCGAUCAUGCUCUGGACUUCGAUCUGUUUCCGUCGUGCCGAGCAGCAUUCAUAGUUUGCUACUCCGAAGUCUAUCUGAAGCACAUAUGUUCUCUCAUACCACAACCUCAACCCUUUAACGUACAAACUAAUCAACGAACUCACAUGGAAGCGGGUUCUUCACCUUCACAGAUAUGUAACGCUUGGUCGGUUGCUUCUAGGCUAUCUACUAGUCUUCCGACCUCUAAACGGUCCUCAUCCUGGAAGAAGCAUCUCCAAAGUAAUGCUUACUGUAGUAAGCUGGACAGAGUCAAUGUCUUGACUGGACAUACCGGAUGCGUUAACGCCCUCAGUUGGGCUAAAGACGGCGAGUUACUUUUAAGUGGUGGCGAUGACACCUCGUGUGGUACGAAUAUGGCGACUCGAUUCGUCGGACACUACGAAAGAAUACCCAUAUGUCUGUGACGCCGUCAUACGCACAGGUCACCGUGCCAAUAUAUUCAAUACACAGAUGCUUCCCCACUCUAAUCGCAUUGCUUCCGUAGCGGGUGACAAGCAAGUCAGAAUAUUUGACAUAGGCGACAUCGUGAGCCAGGCUGGGGAUGGUCGUGAGACCCUGUAUACUGCUCGGCAAGCCAAUGUUAGAAUACUACGGUGUCAUUCUGAUUCUGUCAAGAGGAUAACAACGGAAGGGACCCCUGAUGUAUUCCUGACUGUUUCAGAGGAUGGAACUGUUCGUCAACAUGACCUUCGGGCGCACCACAACUGUCAGAACAACCAAUGUCCUGCCCCUCUUGUAGAGUUCAGUCAUUCACUCUCGACACUGUCAAUGUCGCCCCUCACCCCGUAUCAAUUCGUCGUCGCAGGGGAAUCACCAUACGGCUUCCUUUUUGAUAGAAGACAAAUUGGCCGACACCUCGAAGAAGAAUGGGGCAUGCCGCCGGACUCUCGUAGUGUCACGACUUGCGUGCGUCGAUUCGGGCGAGAAGCAAGGUCACCUGGUGAAAGUCGAGGGUAUCCCCAUAUCACUGGUGUUCGAAUGGCCUCUGAUAAUGGACACGAGGUUUUAUGUUCAUAUAGUACCGAUGCUGUCUAUUUGUACUCAACUCGCGACGAUCCUCAUGAGCCUUCGGCCUUCCAAGGUGGUAUCCUUGCAUCCAAUGACAAGGGCUCGCAGCGACCAUCACCGAGACAGAACGCAGAUUCUGAAAUGUCUAUGCAAGAAACCCCCAGACGAAUGUCUCUGGACCAACUUGACACCCUCAUGGAACAGGAUAUCGACCACUUUCUGUCUCAAGGCGCAUCCGAAUCACAAGAUGGCGAGGGAUCGACAGGUUCACAUGAACAAGAGGGUGUGCGGGAGGAUCAAGAUGAGGAUAUGGUAGAAGAAGAUGAUGACGACGAUGAAGGCGGUGGUGCUGAAUCGUUCACCAAUGUCCCAAUCAUUCUCCCCUGUCGCAAAUACACAGGAGCCUGCAAUAUCGAGACAGUGAAGGAUGUGAACUUCCUCGGUCCCUCUGAUGAGUUUGUGGUGUCGGGCUCCGACGACGGCAAUUUCUUCAUAUGGGAUAAGGCUUCUGGCAAACUGUGCGACAUCUUGGAGGGCGACGGACAUGUUGUCAAUGUUAUUGAGGGACAUCCUUAUUUGCCCCUCAUAGCCGUCAGCGGGAUCGACACUACUGUCAAGCUGUUUGCACCUACCCAUGGACAAUCGGCCUUCUCCCGUCUUGAGAACUCAGAUGCCAUAAUAAACCACAAUGAAGAGUCGUCUUCAAGAAGGGUCGACCUUGCAACGUUGAUGAUGUAUGCCCGAGUUGCGCGUCGAGCUGGGAUCGACGGCGAUGAAUGUACCACUCAGUGAUCCUACUCCUUUUUUUCCUUAUUCUGGACAUGUGUAUCAAUAGGCUGGAAACUCGUACUAUAGCUGCUCUAUAUUUUUGCCUGUAUAUCAUAUUGCCUGGUUGUCUAGCGUUACAGUAUUGCUGCAAAAUCUGCACGAUCCUCGUGAACGGACCGAUCGCCUCGCUACAAGCCGCAACUGAGGGCUGCUGAGCAAUAACACGCCACCUCCUCGUCCCGGCAACCUCAUAGGCUCCUAUUGGUAUAAAUCUCUAUACCACUU